UAAUCAGAUGUUUCUGCGUUCAAAGCAAGUUCAAAGUACAAAACAAAAACAAAGUACUUUAAUGAAAAAUAGUUUUUCUAUUAAAUAUUUUUUGUAAAUUUAUAGAUACCUAUUAAUUUUUGGUAUUAAAAAGAAAAAAUGAUGCGAACUACAGCAGAUCAAGUGAUAAAAAAAUUUUCAAAUACAACCGGAGUAUGCAAACGAUUGCAGGGAAGAGUUGCAAUCGUAACUGCAUCUACUCAAGGAAUUGGAUUCUCAAUUGCAAAAAGAUUGGCACAAGAAGGUGCAAAAGUGAUGAUUAGCAGCAGAAAAGAAGAAAAUGUCAAUAAUGCAGUUCAACUGUUAAGUAAAGAAGGUUUACAAGUUUCUGGAGUUGUGUGUCACGUGGGAAAGCAACAAGAUAGACAGAAACUAUUAGACCAGACAAAAGCAAAAUUUGGAGGACUGGAUAUUCUUGUUUCGAAUGCGGCAGUAAAUCCAAGUGUUGGUCCAGUUUUAGACACAAGUGAAGAUGUAUGGGAUAAAAUAUUUGAUAUAAAUGUAAAAAGUACUUACUUGCUUAUGAAAGAGGCUCGACCUCUUCUCAAACAGGGAAAAUCGCCUUCGAUUAUUAUUGUUUCUUCAAUAGCUGCUUAUCAACCGUUCGAUUUAUUAGGCGUCUAUUCAUUGAGUAAAACGGCUCUAGUUGCAUUAUGCAAGGCGACCUAUGAAGAUUUGGCUCGAGACGGAAUUCGUGUCAAUUGCAUCGCUCCUGGUGUUAUAAAAACAAAAUUCUCACAGGCGGAAAUAAAAAUUAAAAUCUUUCUCCUCUGUAGAUGUACCAGUCGGAAGAAAUUGAAAAUGCCACAAAUUCAAGAAUCGCUAUGGGACGAUUAGGUUUACCGGACGAAAUGGGAGGAAUCGCUGCAUUUUUAGCCAGUGACGAUGCUUCCUACAUCACUGGCGAGUCAGUAAUUGCUAGCGGUGGAAUGGCAUCGAGAUUGUAAAUUAAAAAAAUCCCACUACUAUUAAAAUUGUUUAUAUUUUUUUUACGGUGACUGUUAUUUCUCUUUGUAUUCGUUUUCCAAGGGAAAAUAAAUAUUUUGUUACUAUUUUAUCGGUAAAACAAA